AUGGCAUCUAAUUCAAUCGAGUCUCUGGAUUUCUUAGAAGACUUUUUAAGCAAAAUAAACGAACUAACUGUUGACAAUUUUGUAAUGGAAAUUUCAAAUGAAACAUUGAAUAAUGGAACAGACAUCUUUAAAUUAGGAAAAACAAAUUAUAAUAAUUUGAAGUUAUGGAGUCCUCCAACCCUCAAUGAGAGAGAGGAGUUAUUCAACCUAACCAAUAGGAGGAUAUAUAAAGGCAAAAGGACCAGGAUUAAAAAGUACCCGUUCAUGGCCAGUGUCCACGUCAUCAACGAGUUCAUGUGUGCUGGCUCCAUCAUCAGCAAGAACUUCGUCAUCACGGCUGCCUCUUGCUUGCAAAUUGUCUUCAACAACAAAAAAUUUAGAGAAAAUCCUUCUUCAAUAUUCAUCAGAGUAGGCAGCGAUUACACCAAGCGUUAUGGCGAAACUAUUCCAAUACGUGAACUGCAUUUCCACCCAGAAUACGAACCAUUUAGUCUGAAGAACAACUUGGCGCUCCUGAAAAUAGCGAGACCUCUGAAGUCCUUGAAGAAGAAGCGAAAGGUCAGACGGAUCCAGUAUGAUAGAACAAAGAUGAAAUUAGUGGAUGGAGAAGUUACUAUUAUAGGAUGGGGCGCUACUGAUGACGUCAUUGGUGUCAAAAAAUAUCAACCUCUUGCUGUAGCCAACAUCGAUGUGUAUGAUUUCGACAAAUGUCAAGAAAUUUACUCGAAAAAUUACGUCAUUGAAUCUAACUUUUGUGUUGGUUUUGUAUCAAAAGGUGGUGGUGCUUGUAAUAAAGACGUUGGCGGUCCAGGAAUAGUCAAUGGAGUCCUCGUGGGAGUGAUCAGCUUCGGACCUCCAGUGUGUGGGACGCCAGGCAUGCCCACUGUACUCGUCAAACUAGGAUAUUAUGCUACUUGGAUAGAAAGUGUUAUCAAUCAGGCAUCCACUUCUGCCGCUUCAGCUAAAUUUCGAACGUCAGCCCAAGCUAAAACAGCGGAAUUUCCCCCCACUUCUACAAAAUUAGAAGAACGGUAUCCGCUAAAUCCAAAUUACGUAAGAACUGGAACCAAACAAGAUUACCCCGAGGAAGUUGCAAUACUCAACCAAAUACUGAAUGACGUUAUUUUAUCAAACAAGACCGUUGUAGACGACAUACUAUACGGCGCUUUAGAAGAUGACUUUAGUGAUAUUUUCAAACCAUCGACUAAAGUAAAAAUACACGAACACCCCCUUGCUAAUAAAAGUUUAUUUCUAUUACCCGAAAUCCAUGAUUUUGGCAAAGAACAUCAGCCGAAUGUUACGGAAGAAUUGACUACAUCGUCGCCACUAUUGACGACGACGCAUCCCGGUUUGAAUGUACACUAUUUGGAUGAUUAUGGGGAGAGGAUACGGUAUUUGGAAGCUGCCUACCAUUUAAUGACUAUCUUAACUCUUCCCACACCUCGAACUCCUACGACUACUGAAGAACCGAGACAUAUUACUGAUAGAAUCGGACGUGCGAGUAGCAUUACUUUAUUAGAAUUAGAUGAUACUGAUGAUGAAUAUUCUAAAGUGGUGAGUUCUGAAGAUUCCGAGCAAGUAUCAGAUAAUUAUGAAGACCAAAGUAAAGAAAUUUAUGAAGAGAGUGAAGGAAUGAGCAUUGAUGUAGAAGCUAUGACAGAGCGAGAAGUUACCUACCUAACACCUAUCUCAAAUAUUGAAAGGGUGAAAGAUAAAGAAUACACAUUCUUUGUUGAUAGAAACGUAAAUAAACAUAAUCCUAAAAUUAUGGAAGCUAAAUCAAAAAUGUUUUUAAAAAAACCAUACACAUCGAAAGGUAUGCGUAAAGCCACUCGAAUAUUGUAUAAAAAGAAAUUGUUUGCCGAAAAUGACGAGAAAUUUCGAAGCAAAACGCAAAAGAGGAAGAAAAUACGUUUUAGAUUUCAGUAACGUUCUAUAAUUACCGCUAUGUUCCUUAUAAAUAUUGUAAGAAUAAAUUUGAAUUUUAUUUUUAUAUCACCU